AUGUCGUCCCACGUAGAGCCUUACACUAUCUCCGUACCGGAGGCGGAUCUCGACGACCUCAAACAGCGCCUUCAGUUGGCAAAAUUCCCGUCUCAGCUGGAGUGUGCAUCACCAGAACAGGACUCAUGGGAGUUCGGCGUACCGAGCAGCGAAAUACAGCGGAUCGUCAAGUACUGGAAAGACGGCUAUGACUGGCGAAAGGCCGAAGCCCAUCUCAAUGAACUGCCACAAUACCACACGGACAUAGAAGUCGACGGCUUUGGCGCUUUGGACAUUCACUUUAUCCACCAGACCAGCUCAAAGGAGGGCGCCAUUCCUCUGCUUUUCAGCCAUGGAUGGCCGGGAUCGUUCAUCGAAGUGACGAAACUUCUGCCUCACUUUGGUGGCUCGGGAGACUAUCCCGCAUUCACCAUCGUCGCCCCGUCAUUGCCGAAUUUUGGAUUUUCUUCCGGUGUAACUCGGCGUGGUUUCGGUCUGAAACAGUACGCCGAAACAUGCCACAAGCUCAUGUUGAAGCUCGGAUACAGUCGAUAUGGUGAGAUUUCGCUUUCAUCUCUGCAAUUUGACGGACGGCGUUGUUCACCACCGUCUUCUACAGUGACCCAAGGUGGAGAUUGGGGCUACGCGAUUACCCGGGCCAUGGGCCUUCUCUACCCCGAAAGCUGCAAGGCUUCUCACAUCAACAUGGUGGUGACAGAACCUCCGAGCUGGUACAACAGCCCCGGCUUGGCUUUGAAGCACGCCCUGACACCUUAUACCAAAAGAGAACAGGCAGGAUUAGAGCGAUCCCAAUGGUUCCGUCGAGAAGGGUACGGAUACAACUUUCUGCAAAGUACAAAGCCGCAGACGAUCGGAACAGCACUGGCAGACAGUCCGGUCGCGCUACUUACGUGGAUUCUGGAGAAGCUCCACGACUGGACAGACUCUUAUCCCUGGACAGAUGAUGAGAUUCUUACUUGGAUCUCAAUCUAUUGGUUCUCCAAAGCCGGACCCGAGGCCAGUGUCCGAAUCUACUAUGAAGCAGCACACCCUGAACCUGUCCAUGGAGUUCCGUAUGAGCAGUUCAAGACAUACAUCCCUGGUGUCAAGCUGGGGGUCGGCCAUUUCCCCCGAGAAAUCUCGAUAGUGCCGUCGACGUGGGCUUCGGCCUUGGGUCCUGUGGUGCAACAGACCGAGCACGACAAGGGAGGCCAUUUUGCAGCCUGGGAAGUUCCCGAAGCGAUCGUUGAGGAUUUGCGGGCAAUGUUUGGGAAAAACGGUCCCUGCUACGGACUUCUUUAA